UGGACCUCAAAUUCGAAACGCAAACAACUUCCAUUGCUGCGUUCUGCAACGCAAACAAACUCCGCUUUGACAAUCUCUUUUCCUGCUUGCCUGCUCGUCGUUAUCGACUUCUGUGGUGAGGAGAAGCAUACCAAAUGAUUAGCAAGGUUUAAAGGCUACUCCACUUCACCAAUGAGCUCACUUCCCACUCCAAACCCUAUCCCUAAACCCAAUACUUCCCGGACAUACGUCAAAGGUUCUUGUCUGUCGGAAUCGCAAUGUUGGCUAUGUUUCUUACCCAGGCAACGGAAGCCGGUUACCCUCUCGAUUGGGAUCACCUGCCGGCGGAGCUUAUCCGUCUUCGAUGUAAGAUCGUCUCUCGAGCCGACGGAUGUGGUUGAGGAGAAGUUUAUGGAGCGGGGCAGCCAGAAUCUGGUGAUCUCAUCGAUGUACCGUUGCUCAAAGAUCCCGCGGCCAAAUCAGAUAGUACUUGAAGCUCAGGCUAAGGUUUGCACAGGUCCAGAGCAGACCAGGCCACUGACCGAGGAGCAGGCCAUGAAGGUCUUUGAGACCAUUCUUAAAUCAGCUAGAGGCGAGCUAAAAGAUGAUGAAGUUUCGAAAGCACAACUUGGUGCAUUUUUUGCUGCAAUGACAAUACGAGCAAAUACAUUUCCAGAAGCUACCCAAUGGAGUGAUGGAGAAAGACAUGCCAUGAAUCAAUAUUGGCCACAUCUUGUUAGGGUUCUUCCUCCAGAUGUUAUCUUUAUAGCCGAUCCUGAAGGCACAAUUAUGGGUAUGGGGAACUUUCCACGUUAUGCUGGAAAAGGAGCAACAGAAAUGAGAUUGGUUGGUGCCCUUAGAGAAGUACUGGCAGGUGGUCAUUUAGGUUUUGAAGAGGUAAAGGGUGUUCUGAAAGAUGUUUUACCAUUAAAGGGUAAUGAGUUACAGAAGGUCAGUGAGUCGCUACUAGCUGCAUUUCUAAUUGGACAACGCAUGAAUCGUGAAACAGCUCGUGAGCUGAAAGCAUAUUGUCUUGCAUUUGAUGAUGAGCUAGGGCCACCUCCCAUAGCUGAUGUUAGAUCUUUGACUCACUAUGGCGAGCCCUACGAUGGAAACUCUCGUUUCUUCAAGAGUACUCUAUUUGUUGCAGCAGUGAGAGCUUGCUAUGGAGAGUCUUGUUUACUUCAUGGAGCUGAAUGGAUGCCUCCAAAGGGCGGUGUGACGGAAGGGCAACUGCUUAAAUUUGUUGGCGCAAAUAACCAUUUGUCCCCAAUGCAGGCAAAGACAUUAUUGGAGGAUGAAGGAGUUGGUUUUGCUUAUGUGAGCCAAAGAGAAGCACGACCAUCAUUACAUUCACUAAUUGGGCUCAGAGAGCACAUAAAGAAACGUCCACCUCUGGCAACUUCUGAGAAAGUACAGCAAUUUGUGCGGACACUUGGGAAAGAAGCCACUGUUGCUGGAUUCUAUCAUGAUGGCUACGAAGAUUCAUUGUUAAUGCUGAUGAGAAGGAGAGAAGUCCAUGCGGGUUUGGUUGUUAAGGGGGAAGAAGGUUCGUUAUCAAUGACAACAAAACCAAGAUCUGUUAAUGCUUCAAAAGGCAUUCAAGUGAACCACUGUGCUGGUUUCCGCUCGCUCAGUAGAGCAGACGACUUGUCGACUGAUGGUUUUUUUCGCACGAAUUUUAGUGUAGAGGUCAAUGCUCAAGAUUAUGGUUUCGAACCUAGCGAAACUCCGAGAACGGAUAGAUCUUAUAAUUCCUGCAUCCAGGCUAAGAAAAACAUGGAGUUAGGUUUGGCUGCAUUAAGCGGCGAAAAGGGUCCAGCUUACGACCGCAUCGUUCUAAAUGCUGGAAUGGUUGAUCAUCUGCUUGGAUGUGAGGGCGCAGAGGAUGUUCAGGUCGCCCUGCAAAGAGCCAAGGAAGCCAUUGACAGUGGCCAAGCCCUCAAUAGGCUCAGGAACUUCAUACAAAUUUCCCAUAAACUUAAAUAGAAUUCUUUUCUCCCUUUGACAUGCCAUCUAGACCCUCUCUCUCUCUCUCUCUCUCUACACUAAAUAAUAUUUUAUGUGCUCACAAAGUUGAAUGAUUUAGUGCUCAUUUGUGCUAUGUAUAUAGAUUGAAGGGAUGCAAAGUGUUAAUUAGUCAAUGAAAAUUUUGGAAGUUAGUGUCA